GACUUGAUUAGAAGAAUUAAUAUUGAAUUAUACUAAUGAGUGAUGAUGAAAAACAGGAAGACAGUAACGUUAUUUUGUUAGACUGGGCAAAAGGAGCACAGGGGCCGUCUUACAGACUUUCGGCAGCUAACACUCAACUUGUCGGAAAGCAGCUUGAACUAAUAUUGCUGGAUAUGAUUUCCCUUGGAACCUCUCCUAGCCAAAUACACAUAAUAGGAUUUAGUCUUGGAGCGCAUAUUGCAGGUUAUGCAGGGCGAUCUUUAUCUCAGAGAGGUAUCAAAUUGGGCCGUAUUACAGGUUUGGAUCCUGCUUCUCCACUUUUCAGAGAAAGUUUUACAUCUUUACCUGCUCUCAGCAAAGAGGAUGCUGCAUUUGUAGAUGUUAUACAUACCGAUGGUUCAAUUUUACUCACAGAAGGUUUUGGAUUGCUAAGAGCUCUUGGUCAUGUAGAUUUCUUCCCAAACGGAGGUCAGGAUCAACCAGGAUGUGAAUAUGUAUUUGCUUCUGUACUUGUCAGUCAUCUUGAAGGUACAGUUAACUCUUCAACAAUAUGCAAUCAUGCAAGAGGAUUUCAGUUAUUCAUGGAAAGCGUUACUUCAAAACAAGAUGGAUGUCAAUUCCGAAGUUUUCCUUGUAUUUCACGAGAACACUUCCGCAGUGGAGCAUGUUUCCCUAGUAAAUGUGAAAUCAACAGUACAGAUGGCUCCUGUGGCAUUAUGGGCUAUAAUGCUGACUUGGGUUUGGCAAGAGGCCCUUUGUAUAUGGUGACCAGAGAAGAACGACCAUUUUGUGGUGAUCAAUUGCAAAGCAUAGUAGUUCUUUCAAAAAAUGGACUAAAACCUAGAAGUAAUAUUCUACUGUCGGCCAAAGUCGAAGAUGAUACCACUUCGUUCGAACUUCGAAAUGAGCCAAGAGAUCCUUUUCAAGGAUAUGUAUACAGAGGGUUAUCAGCAUCAAUGUAUGGGUUAUACAAUUCACAACUUUCCAAUGUGACAGUAACUCUUGUACUUCGAUAUGCACCCCGAAUGAUAGGUGAGAUAAUUGUAGCAGAGUACGUCCGCAUAGCUAAUCUAGAUGGAGAUUUCAUUAAGAAGAAAGAUGUAGCCUUGUCUGUUGUGGUCUGUGGAGAUAGAGUACGUGAGACAUUAGUUUUAAUCAAAUCAGCGAUUGUAUUUUCAAGGAAAUGCAAUUUGAAAGUGAUAAUCGUUGCUGAACCUGAAUUAAUCGAAAGUUUUGAAGAAACGUUAUCUGAAUGGGUUGCUAAGAAUAAUUCAUUUAGCUUUGAAACACAUCCAAUUUCCUUUCCUAAAACUCAGGCUGAAGAGUGGAAGAAGUUAUUCAAACCUUGUGCAUCACAAAGACUUUUCUUACCAAGUGUUCUAAAAAAUGUAGACUCUGUUUUGUAUGUGGAUACUGAUGUUUUAUUUCUUUCUCCUGUGGAUGAGAUUUGGGAACAUUUUGAUAGGAUGAAUUCAACGCAGCUAGCUGCCUUGAGUCCUGAACAUGAAGAUCGUAAUACAGGCUGGUAUAAUCGUUUUGCUAGGCAUCCUUACUAUGGAGAACUAGGUGAAAUCAUUAUCCUUUAA